GGGUCAGCAAAUCUACAGAAAUGUUUUUGUUAACUACUGCAUGCCUGCGUUUUAUUUUUGCCUUACGCGUUAUCGAUGCCUGAUGACUGCUCCCGAAGACGUUGAAUAAUCACCAUGAAAUUUGAUAAUACUUUCGCUUACACAGGAGAAUAUGGUCGCUAUCAUAAACUCGUGUCGCUUUCUGUCUGUUCCAUGAUCAUUCCCAUUGCAUUAUUUAAUAUAUGCACAGUGUUUAUCAAUGGAAGCAUGGAUCAUCAUUGUAAAUUGGCAGAAACUGCAAAUUGCAGCGAUGUGGAAGGCGAUGACUGCUGGAAUGCAAAUAUUAGCAUGAGUCUACCACCAGACGACCAGAAAACUCUAUUAAUAAAUGAAACGCAAUGCAGAAUGUAUACAACAAACGAUAAUGAGACGGAGUUGACAAAUUGUGAAUAUGGCUGGAAGUAUGAUAGAUCACAUUAUGACUCCACUAUUGUAUCAGAGUUUAACCUGGUGUGUGAAGAUAGUUAUAAAACAUCCUUGGCUGCGUCGUUGUAUCUUGCGGGAUUUCUCGUAGGUUCUCUGGUGUUUGGGCUUAUGUGCGACUAUUUUGGCAGGAAAGUAACAAUAUUCGUAGCAUUUGCAAUAUUACAGCUAACGGGAGCAUUGAGCGGAUUAGCAAAGUCAUAUUGGUUGUACGCUCUUACCCGCUUCUUAAAUGGAACUGCAAAUGUUGGACUUUUCCUUGCAAUUUUCACCUAUGUGACGGAGUUUGUGGGUCCUUCAAGGCGCGCCAUGAUGGCUGGCAUUACGAACAUGUACUGGUGCCUGGGCUACAUGCUUACAGCCGUCAUCGCCUAUUUCAUCAGAUCUUUCAGAACACUACUCAUUGUUUUCAGUAUAUCUGUGUCACCGCUGUUACUGCUCUGUUUUUUUAUUCCAGAGUCUGCACGUUGGUUACUUGUUAAGAAAAAAACAGAUGAAGCAAAACAUGUUCUUCAACGGAUUGCAAAAGGAAACAAUGUCGGGCUUCCAGAAGAUUUAUUUACAAAUUUAGAAAUAGAUACAACACCUAGUGAAGUUCAGACAAGAAAUACCAGUCCUUUUGAUAUCUUUCGAUAUACCUCCAUGAGGAAGAAAACACUCAACAUUUCCUACAGCUGGUUUUCCAUCGUUCUUGUGUACUACGGUCUGACGUACGGCGUCGAGGGUCUGAAUGUCAAUGUCUAUAUUGGAACCUUUCUUGGCGGUCUUACUGAGGCCUUUGCUUAUCUCUUUACAUGGUUUAUCAUCCAGAAAUUUGGUAGACGUUUGAUGCUUGGGGGAACUCUUAUGACAGGUGGAAUCGCGUGUUUCGUCAACAUUUGGAUUC